AUGGAUGAGGAGCUGGCUGCUCGUGCUGCCGAGGUGGCAGAGCUGCGUGCGCUCUACGGUCCUCGCAAGGAGUGGACCGAGCUCGACGCUGAGACCAUCCUCAUCAAACGAACUGCCAACUAUGGGCGAGUCGACUGCCUCUUCCACUACUUCUUCGUCCUCUCCAACCUCAAGCACGGCCUCCACGGCCGUCACAAGCGAGCCCGAGAGGACUUCAAGUGCCUCACCGCGCUCGAGAUCAUUUCCUUCAUUGGCAAGGAGGUGCAGUAUGUCCAGGAACUGCUCAAGGUUCCCCAAACCACUGCGCGCAUUCUGCUGAGUCACUACAUGUGGAACACCGAGCGCCUCGUCACCGAUUUCCUGGAGAGCCCCAGCCGAGUGUUCUUUUCGGUGCGAGCCGCCGGUGGUCAGAACUCAGGCGAAGCGGCCAGCGCCAAGGGUAAGGAGAAGGUCGGCGAUGACUUCGAUGAAGAUAACGAGGGAGCAGAUGAAACGAAGAGCGGAGGUGAUGCGGAGGAGACCUUCGCUUGCCCCGGGUGCUUCGACGACAGCCCCAACUACACCAAGCUCUCCAAUGACUGCUACAAGGAGUACCUGUCAAUCAAGAUCAAGGACGGCCAGGCGGACAAGAUCGGCUGUCCCGCGUACAAGUGUAAGCAGACCGUGCCCGAGAGUGUCAUCAAGGACCUGGUCGAUGAGGACGUGUUUAAGAAGUACAACUCCUUCCUCGCCAACUCCUACGUCGAAAACAACCCCUACGUCAUGUGGUGCCCUGCACCGGGCUGCCAGUAUGCUGUCCAGGCGACCAUCAAGCUCAACUGCACCGUCACUUGCCAGUGCGGCAACUCGUUCUGGUACUGA